AUGGGUGUGUGGAAUGAAGUAUCUACUGCAAAGGCAGAAAAUAGACACGAAAUCAAAUUGGCUGGUGCUGCAAUCUCCAAACGGAUUUCUGAAGAGGGCUUAGACAAAACUUUAUUCCAAUUAACUAAUUUAAACCUUUUGAACAUCAGCGAUACAUGUCUUUCUGUUAUACCCGAUGAUAUAAAAAUGCUUGUUAACCUCCAAUCGCUACUUUUGUUCGGAAACAAAAUUCAAGAAUUUAACGAAAAUAUAACCUCUUUACCAAAACUUAAAGUAUUAGAUUUAUCCCGUAAUCAAAUUACAAAAAUCCCUGAAAGCUUAAACAAUAUGAAAGAGUUAAUGAAUAUAAAUUUAAGUUCGAAUCUAAUCGAGAAAAUGCCAAGGUUUGGUGAUUUUCCAAAUUUGAUAACUUUGGACAUAUCUAACAAUAAAUUAGCAGAGUUUUUGGAUAUAGAAAACGCGAAUUUACCUCAUCUGACCGACUUGAAGCUCAAAGGUAAUGGUAUUGAAUCAAUACCCAACUAUGUGGCCCGUAUAUUACCUGGUGUUAAAAAUUUUGACAUUGGCGACAAUCACCUAAAAAUAAUACCUGGAGAAAUUGCUAAUUUGACAAAAUUAAAAGAGUUGAAUCUCAAGGGCAACAAACUGUCAGACAAACGACUCAUGAAACUGGUUGACCAGUGCCGUACGAAACAAAUCAUAGACUACAUUCGGGAACACUGUCCUAAAACAGACCAAUCACAAUCCGCUGGCAAAGGUAAAGCUAAAAAAGGAAAGAAACAAGAUGAGCCACCACCAGAUGAACUCUGUGAUCUUUGUCACUCUAUGAAAAUAUUACAUGUAGAAGAUGACACAGUAAGAGUUAAGAUAAUUGAAACAGAAGUUGGAAAUGUACGUCCGUAUAUACUCUGUUGUAUUGUUAAUGAAAUCCAUUUAACAGACGACAUGUUCAAAAAGUUUAUUCAACUCCAAACUAAAUUACAUGACACAGUUUGUGAUAAAAGAAAUACUGCAACAAUUGCCACUCAUGAUAUGAGCAAGAUUGCACCAGGUGACCUUGUAUACACAGCAAAGCCCCCUAAAGUACUAAAGCUAACACCAUUAUCAAGAACUCGGCCAUACACAGGAGAACAGCUAUUUCAGCAAUUAACAGCGGAAGCAGAAGCACUGAGAAAGGAAAAGAAGAGAAAUGUCUAUUCUGGAAUUCAUAAGUUUUUAUACUUAUUGGAAGGAAAACCAAAGUACCCAUGUUUAGAAGAUGCAAGUGGAAAAGUGAUCAGUUUCCCUCCAAUCACUAAUUCAGAAGAUACUAAGAUGUCGAGUGCCACAAAGACGAUGUUUGUGGAAGUGACAUCACAUUCGUCGCUUUCCGCCUGCAAGAAUGUUAUGGAUAAAUUGCUACAAGAAUGCCUUCUGCUUGGUAUAGCAGACGGGCCAGAUUCCGAUAGUGCCUAUCACACACUUACAGUACAACAGGUAAAAGUUGUGGAUACAGAAGGCAACCUGAAAAGUGUAUAUCCAUCGAGGACAGACUGUGUGUACGACGGCUCCAAUAUCAAAGUAUUUAGGCUGCCAAAAAAUAACUAA